AUGAAGGAUCGUUUGAAGUACUUGUUGUUAGAAUUCAAGGAUUGCUUUGCUUGGGAUUAUCCUGAUAUGCCUGGUCUGAAUAGAUCACUAGUUGAACAUAAAAUUCCUAUUAAAGAGGACUUUGUCCCAUAUCAACAGAUUCCAAGACAGAUGACACCUGAAGUUCAAAAAGAAGUAAAGAAAGAAAUGGAACGAUUAUUUAAGGCCAAAUUUAUUAGGCCUGUUAAGUAUGUCGAAUGGAUUUCAAAUAUUGUUCCUGUAAUCAAGAAAAAUGGGAAGGUUAGAAUAUGCAUUGAUUUUAGGAAUUUGAAUACGGCAUCACCAAAAGAUGAGUAUCACAUGCCUGUUGUAGACCAUCUAGUGGAUGCAACCGCAGGCCAUCGAUUUCUUUCCUUUAUGGAUGGUUAUUCUGGAUAUAACCAAAUAUUCAUUGCAGAGGAAGAUACACACAAAACUGCAUUUAGAUGUCCAGGAUAUAUUGGACUAUUUGAAUGGAUUGUUAUGGCGUUUGGAUUAAAGAAUGCAGGAGCAACUUAUCAAAGAACAAUGAAUGUGAUUUUUCAUGACCUAAUUGGAAGGUUUAUGGAAGUUUAUAUUGAUGAUAUAGUGGUAAAAUCACAUACAUUUGAUGAGCAUAUAGACUAUUUAAGACAAGUCUUGGUGAGAAUGAGACUAUAUAAGCUGAAAAUGAAUGCAAUGAAAUGUGCUUUUGGAGUUACUGCUGGAAAUUUUUUGGGAUUUCUGGUUCAUAAGAAAGGGAUUGAGGUUGAAAAAGAUAAAGCAAAAGCUAUAAUAGAAGCACAGCCUCCAACAAACAAACAGGAACUCCAACAGUUUCUAGGACAGGUAAACUUUCUUAGGCGAUUUAUUUCCAAUUUGUCUAGAAAAACUCUUGCUUUUUCCCCACUCUUAAAGUUAAAAUCUCAGAAAGAUUUUAAAUGGGAAGGAGAAUAUCAGAAGGCAUUUGAGUUUUUAAAGCAAUCGUUGGUAAGGCCUCCUGUUUUGAUGCCACCAAUAAAUGGAAAACCUUUAAAAUUAUACAUCUCAGCAGGACACCAGUCGAUUGGUUGUCUUUUGGCUCAAGAUAAUGAAAAUGGACAUGAACAAGCCAUAUAUUAUCUUAGUAGGAGAUUAAAUGAAUGCGAGAUAAAAUACAAGCCUAUUGAGAAGCUAUGCUUGACAUUAUACUUUUCUGCCACCAAGCUAAGAUGUUACAUGUUACCAUCGAUGGUAUAUGUGAUUGCACAAACGGACAUCAUCAAAUAUAUGUUAACAAGGCCCAUAUUAAGAGGUAAACAAGGAAAAUGGUUAUUAUCUUUAAUAGAGUAUGAUUUACAGUAUAUGCCUCAAAAGGCAGUAAAAGGGCAAGCUUUAGCUGACUUCAUAACUAAUCAUCCUAACAUAUUAAUAGAAAAGGAUGAAUUUGAGAUACAUAUGGUUGAAAUAAAACCAUGGAAGAUGUCAUUCGAUGGCUCCAAGACUGACAGAGGAGUUGGAGCAGGUGUAGUUUUUACAUCCCCAAAAGGAGAAUUCUUACUGUUUUCUUUUCAGUUAGAUGAAAACAGGAUUCUGACCAAUAAUCAAGCUGAGUAUGAAGCUUUAAUUAUUGGAUUAGAGAUUGCAAAAGAAUUGAAUAUUAGGUAUUUAAAUGUCGCAGGAGAUUCACAAUUGGUAAUUCGACAGAUAACAGGUGAAUAUAAGUGCAAUCAUCCUUUAUUAGAAUUACAAUUACAGAAAGUUAAAAUUCUAAUAACAUAUUUUGAUGAAGUGUAUUUACAACAUGUUUAUAGAUUGGAGAAUAGUGAUGCUAAUCAGAUGGCACAAAUUGCUUCUGGAAUUAGGAUUCCAGAAGGGCAAAGUGAAAAAUUAAUAAAGGUCCAAAAGAGAUUCUUGCCUUUCUCUAUUGAAAGAGAUAACAAUGAUUUUGAUAUUAUGGAAAUAAAUCUGGUUGAUGAUUGGAGGGUUCCAAUAAGAAAAUUUCUAGAAAACCCAAAAGAGAAAAUAGAUAGAAAUAUAAAGCAAAGGGCCAUAAACUAUGUUAUAGUAGGCAAUGAUUUAUUCAGAAAAUCUUCAGAUGAAGUAUUAUUGUUGUGUAUUGAUAAAUCCCAAGCAAUGACGGUUAUGGGUGAAGUUCAUGAGGGAACUUGUGGUUCUCACCAGUCUGGAGAGAAAAUGAAAUGGUUACUCAAAAGAUCUGGCUAUUAUUGGCCAACAAUAAGAAAAGAUUGUAUCUCAUAUGCUAAGGGAUGUCAGAAGUGUCAGCAAUAUGGACCUAUUCAAAGGGUUCCAGCUUUUCCUUUACAGUCAAUUGUUAAACCAUGGCCUUUCAGGGGAUGGGCAAUUGAUAUGAUUGGAGAAAUAGUUCCUCAUUCUUCUCAACAGCAUGAGUAUGUAAUGGUGGCUACGGAUUAUUUUACAAAAUGGACAGAAGCUAUCCCAUUGAAGAAUGUAGCACAGAAACAAGUAAUUGAUUUCAUUGAGGAGCAUAUUUUCUGUCGAUUUGGUAUUCCUGAGACAAUUACAGUUGACCAAGCAUCUGUGUUCAAUGGUCAUGAGGCCUAUAGGACUUCAAAAAGGGAGAGCACCAGGGCUACACCAUAUGAGUUAGUAUAUGGCCAAGCCACAGUUUUACCCGUCGAAGUUAAUAUUAUAUCUCACAGAGUGGCUAAGCAUUAUAGCCCAAACAAUAUGGAUUUUGAGGAAGCAAUGUAUCAAGAAUUAGAUGGACUGGAAGAAUCCAGAAUUGAUGCUUUAAACAACAUACAAGCACAGAAAAGGAAUUUAGAAAGAGUCUACAAUAAAAGAGUCCAUGAGAAAUCAUUUGCAGAAGGUGAUUUGGUUUGGAAAGCAAUUUUGCCUUUAGAUAAGAAAAAGAAAGGGUACUUUGGUAAAUGGUCCCCAAAUUGGGAGGGACCAUUUCGUGUGUUAAAAGUUCUAAGAGGAGGUGCUUAUCAGUUAGAAUCUAUUCUUGGAAAUGUCCAUGAAAGAACAAUCAAUGGAAAGUAUUUAAAGGCAUAUUUUCCAUCCCCUUGGGAGUUAAUUGACGAAUGA